GAUUUUCAACUCACUGCAGGAAUUCAGUGACAUUUUGACCCUUUUCGCAUUAACGCACAUCGUCCUCAUUCAUUUACCAAGGACGCUCAUUUUCAUUAAUAUGUCAUACACAAUCCCACAAGUGCGCAGACGUCCCACGAAGCUCACUCCGUCCGGAGUAAGGCCAAAUUCUAAUGUCGUUCGUGCAUCUGUUCUCGAGACUGCUCUCGAGCUAGGUAUCGCUCACAGCUCUACCGUCGCGAAUUGGAUAUUCAAUAGUCCCUUGCCUGAGGAGCUAGAAGAAUUGGAGGAUAUUCCUCCUGAAAUGGAGGCAGAAGAGACUUUGACGCCUGCCCUUACUUUUGGCUCACAUACUGCGAGUGAUGACUCGUCAUCGAUCCCCUCCCCGCAACACAACGUUGCAUCCGCAAGGCAGAUACACACGCACAAACCGAGCGUGUUCGAUCCUGUCCACGUGCACUUCAAUGAUUUCGCUUCCGCGCAACUGACGCUAUCUUUGCCUCCGCUGAGCACGCCUGCCCAAGGAAGAGAGACGUCCGGAAGCAUAUCAUCUGGGAAGCCGUCGAAUGAUGUGGCACACCAAUCGAGUGAAGAUGUCACACGUCAGACUGAUCGCAAAUGCGCUACACCGAGUUCUGCCAAGUCUGAAGCGGGCUAUGGGAGCGAUGGUCAAUACCUCUCUGAUAGCGCUGGUCUCAAAAAGUCCGGCAAAGCAAAAGGCAAAAUCAAGAAAGCAAAGCCUCCAGCCUUGGACUUGCAUUCCGGAUAUGGAGGAGAGCCCGGGUAUACUUCGGAUGGGGGAUAUCUCUCUGCGUCGUCAAGCAAGUCACAAGGAAAGUCUAGUAAGGGGAAAUCUCGGGCAAUGGCCUUCUUUCGGAGGAAACCAAAGAAGUCGCAGCAACCCAGCGACGACGAAGAUGACAACUAUAUCCCACCAGUCCCCGCGAUACCUCCGAUGCCAGUUCCUUCGAGUCCAAGGCCACUGAAGCAUCUCACCGCAGCACCCUCAUCCCCUACGCGAUCUGGCUUCACCCCCCUCACUUUGAACUUUAACACCUCAACCCGAGCGGCGAGUCCUGUCUUACAUUCAAGAAAAGACCGCACUAGUCCCCCGCCUGCUCGGGUAGUGUCACCUUCCCCCACACCUUCUCCUCGGCCAUCCGAGCAGACAGUAAAUUCUAUACUGUCGCCUUCACCUUCGCCUCCGCCUCCAUCCAUGCCUGCUCUCGCUCUUCCGCUGGCGCCGAUAUCUCGCGCACCAUCUCCUAGUACACCCCUUCGUGCAGUAUCACCCCCUACCUCGAAAUCUCCCGUCCGUUCAUCCCCACUCCCCGCUCCCCGGCAUAUCAGCAUACGACCCGCAGCUCCUCCACCAACGCAGCCAUUACCGCAGCCACCUCCAUUUCCUAUGCAAUCCACACCGUCACGAAGGGCCCCUGGACCGCCUCCCAUGCAAGCACUACCUCCGGUACCAGUGCGUUCGGUUCCCAUUCCGCCAUCUACGCCUACGACGCCUUCUCGGAGACUGCCACCUUUCCGACCGGUUGCAGUUCCUGGCCCUACAGCUCCACUGGUCCCUCGCAGGAAUCCACAAGGUCAGCCCCGUGUGGUAUUUGCCCCUCGGCCGCAGCCCCCGCAUACCGCAUCUGAUUCGGUCAUCCCGCAAUACAUGCAUGCAAACGCUGAUGCUUCACCGAAGAGGUACCAGACCCACAGCGCCGCACCCAGCGAUGAAAGCUUUGAGUCCCCAUCAGCUAGCGCAGUACGGAGACAGCAUUCGGACAUGCCAUCACCUCUGUUCCUACAACGGCGCAUGCAUGGCGUGCAGAGCUCCCCACGUCAUCCACCACCGGAUUCACCUCUGCCACAGGUUCCGAACGCACGCCCUAUACAUCCUUCAGCGUUUCCGUCGAAGUUCCACGAACAUUUUUCGUCUGUGUCGUCGAUGGGCCAUACUUCAGCUGGCCUGCUGACCCCGCGCAGUGCGAGUGGGUCAGGUUCGUCGUCCGACCCGUCUGUUCGCUCCACACGCUCCUCCAACGCUCCGUCAUUAUCGACUUCUGAUAGUCAUGGCCGGUCGAGUCGCCAUUCGGGGGGCGUCGUAGAUACUGGUCCGGAGAUGAGGUCCUCUUUCCGGUCAGAAACCAGUUACGGGAAGAGCACAGCCUCCAUCUCUAGAGCGCAUUCGCACUCGUCUAUGCUCGAUACUCGGAGUGAUGUCAGUGCCAGCGUCUACGACGAGCGUUUGAGCACGUACGACGAGGAGGGGGGAAAUGACCCCAAGGGCGCACAGGCUGACGACGAGGAUGACGACGACGACGCAUCGUUUUAUCCCUCAGAUGAGAAGACAGCUGGGAGAUGUUUUCCCACCCCCAUUACCGCCUCCGGUAGGAAGAUACUUUUAAGUGUCGAUGAGACGUCGGUAUAGACAUUCGCUUUAAUUUAUCUGCUGUUUAUAGCUUUUUUUUGAGGGUCGCUCAUUCGCUCGUUUUCUGUUUUUGUCUUCUUUUUGGCUUUUUUGAUGAUUUUAAAUAAUGGCACAAGACUCGAGAGACGUAUGUGGUACGCUAGUGGCUGCUCGAUGUAGCUGUGGUACUUACUGGUAGAUACGAUCUUGAUAAUAGCUUAAUGGCUUGAAUCUGGAUGUGCCUGCAGCUCGUGUCAUUGAACUUGAUAUCAGUGGGCACGUGUUGUUUGGCGUUUGUCUUCAUCCCUUUCAUUGAAACUCCGUCGAUCUGGCACUGGAAUUUGGAACGUUUCUAAAU